UGGCGGCGACGUUGACGUAUCACAGCAACGGGCAGAAGCAGUCUAUGUAUACUGUAUGUCUAUGGUCGUGGCGUGCAGGCGAAUAGUUAUGGGAGGUCGUGGGGUAAAGGCAAACACUAUGCUAGGUAUGGUAGACGGUGUUCGAGCAUAAAUCUGGUUGCAUAGUCUUUCUUCAAAGCUGGAUACCUAGAUUGAACAAAAUAAGCCUGUAAGUUGCGGCAUGGCAUCAUCUGUCGCCGAAGAGGGACAAUCCCAGGUGAUCCGUGUGAACAGGGAAGAGCCCCAGACCCCCAGCAGUGUGGAGACAUGGGGGGAGGAGAGGGACAACAUGAGAGGUCUCAUUCUGCCCACUGGCGAGAUAAACUGGGCGUGUCCGUGUCUGGAUGGCAUGGCAACCGGGCCUUGUGGGGCGGAGUUUCGAGCAGCCUUUACCUGCUUCCAUUUCAGCCGUGCGGAUGAGAGGGGCGAGGAGUGCCUGCAGCCUCUCAGAGACAUGCAGGCCUGUUUACGGACCCAUGUGUACUCCCCCCAGGAGGAGCAGCAGGAGGAGGAGGGGGAGGGGGAGGGGAGGGGGAGAUGGACCCAUGUGUACUCCCCCCAGGAGGAGCAGCAGCAGGGCCGGACAGAGGCCUCCAUUGGCCGCCGUCAGAGGGAGAAGACCCCGCUUGGCCAAUCAUGUGAGGGGGAGGGGUACGAGGCUCAGAGAGGCCUGGAGAGCUGGACAUCGACCCCACCUGACCAGCGGACCACGGAGCCCUGA